CCUCUGCAAUUGAGUCUGUGUCGUACACUUCUUCUACACACUCCUUGCGCUUUGAGUGGGAUGAACCUUCGUGUGAAAACCUACAUGAUGAUCUAAAGGAAUACCAGUAUGAUAUCUAUGACACUGACAGAAAUAUGUAUAUUAGGUAUCAAAUAUCGGUACGAGUUAACUAUGUACUUAUCCCUGGACUUGAUGCUUGCACCAAUUAUCGCUUCAGAGUAAGAGUAGUUACCGCCACCAAUAAUAAGAGUAGAUGGCUUAUGAAGUUGGCACAGACAAAUGUAUCAGAACCUGGAAUUCCCAAUAUUGGACAAAUUACCAAACAUCAGGAAGUCGCAGGCGCUACAGGUUUUACAGUCACCUGGGAUCCUCCUUCUUCUCCUCCAUGCGAGCCCACACACUAUCAAAUCCAGUAUUAUAUUUAUCAAGGCGAUAUGUGUGAGGAUAUACCCAGCCAGCCUCAAUUAGGCCUAACUUCAGCAGGGUCUGUCAAUGGAUCAACCUUCACCUUCAACAUUCUGGAGUUACGUCCAAACUCUGAAUAUAUGGUGUUUGUGAGAGCCAAAACAAGCAGCGGCUACGGUAAUUCCGAUUCUCGAAAAGCUGUCACAGGACAUUCAUAUCCAUCUGGUCCUCCAACUAAUGUCCAUUCAACUGGCACCAGGAAACGAAGUAUUACCUUUACUUGGGAUAAACCAGAUUGUGGUUAUCGAAAUGGACCAAUUACCAGCUACGAUGUUAUCCUAUCCAAUUCAACAGGAGGCUUAGUACAUCAAAGUAAUGUGUCGGAUAGUACAAGACCCCAGACAACAAUAGAUGGCCUCAUCCCAUAUUCAAAUUAUAGUAUCAGAAUCAGAGCAUGGAACUAUGAACUACCAGGGGCCAGUUAUUCUCCAGAGUUUUGGGCACGGACUGAAGAAGCAAAGCCUGGACCACCCAUACGAGUAAAUCUUCCAGCUUCAGACCAGGAGAGCAUCACAGUGGAAUGGAUGUCACCAAACCCUCCUCUGGGAAGGAUAAUAGGUUAUUACGUUCUCUAUUGGGAGACGGAUGAUAGUAGUGUCACACCUAUAGUCAGGAAUGUUAGCUUUACGUGUGGAGAUGGUCAAUGCUCUGACAUCAAUGAAAGGUUUUCGGUGAUAAUCCCUGAUCUUCGGCCGGACACAAAUUAUUCCGUCCAGGCAAGUCUGAUUCUUGAUUUUACUUUUAUCUCACAAUUCGUUGUAGAAGCGGAGACAAUACUUGGAGUUGGUAACCCGAGUCCAGACCAACCUUUGAUUAGGCUUACAUCAGAAGGCACUCCCUCUGCAAUUGAGUCUGUGUCGUACACUUCUUCUACACACUCCUUGCGCUUUGAGUGGGAUGAACCUUCGUGUGAAAACCUACAUGAUGAUCUAAAGGAAUACCAGUAUGAUCUCUAUGACACUGACAGAAAUAUGUAUAUUAGGUAUCAAAUAUCGGUACGAGUUAACUAUGUACUUAUCCCUGGACUUGAUGCUUGCACCAAUUAUCGCUUCAGAGUAAGAGUAGUUACCGCCACCAAUAAUAAGAGUAGAUGGCUUAUGAAGUUGGCACAGACAAAUGUAUCAGAACCUGGAAUUCCCAAUAUUGGACAAAUUACCAAACAUCAGGAAGUCGCAGGCGCUACAGGUUUUACAGUCACCUGGGAUCCUCCUUCUUCUCCUCCAUGCGAGCCCACACACUAUCAAAUCCAGUAUUAUAUUUAUCAAGGCGAUAUGUGUGAGGAUAUACCCAGCCAGCCUCAAUUAGGCCUAACUUCAGCAGGGUCUGUCAAUGGACCAACCUUCACCUUCAACAUUCUGGAGUUACGUCCAAACUCUGAAUAUAUGGUGUUUGUGAGAGCCAAAACAAGCAGCGGCUACGGUAAUUCCGAUUCUCGAAAAGCUGUCACAGGACAUUCAUAUCCAUCUGGUCCUCCAACUAAUGUCCAUUCAACUGGCACCAGGAAACGAAGUAUUACCUUUACUUGGGAUAAACCAGAUUGUGGUUAUCGAAAUGGACCAAUUACCAGCUACGAUGUUAUCCUAUCCAAUUCAACAGGAGGCGUAGUACAUCAAAGUAAUGUGUCGGAGAGUACAACACCCGAGACAGAAAUAGAUGGCCUCAUCCCAUAUUCAAAUUAUAGUAUCAUGGUCAGAGCAUGGAACUAUGAACUACCAGGGGUUUAUUCACCAGAGUUUUGGGCACAGACAGAUGAAGCAAAGCCUGGACCACCUAUAAGAGUAAAUCUUCCAGCUUCUGACCAGGAGAGCAUCACAGUGGAAUGGAUGUCACCAAACCCUCCUCUGGGAAGGAUAAUAGGUUAUUACGUUCUCUAUUGGGAGACGGAUGAUAGUAGUGUCACACCUAUAGUCAGGAAUGUUAGCUUUACGUGUGGAGAUGGUCAAUGCUCUGACAUCAAUGAAAGGUUUUCGGUGAUAAUCCCUGAUCUUCUGCCGGACAGGAAUUAUUAUAUUCAGGCAAGUUUGAUUGCUAAUUGUAGUUUUUAUCUUAUAAUUCAUGAUUUGGCACUCACAUGA